AUGGGAUUUCUUUCUCUUAAUUUUUUGCUUUUCAUUUUAGCCAUCAUAUUUUUGUUGCAUCAAACACUUAUAAUCAUGAUAAAUUUAUCAUUUUUUAUAGGAUCAUGCUUGCUCAUAGGAAUUCAAUUCUCCUUGAAAAAAGGUAAAUAUUAUGAAUAUGCAAAGGGAAAUUAUAGAGGAGUAUUUUCUACUUUUUAGGGUUAUUUGCAACUAAUAUAUUCAAACUUACCAUUAUUGAAUUUCCAUUAGAAAUUUAUGGUCUAUUCGUAAUGUUUAAAUCGUUUAGCCAUUUUUAUUGAUAUUAUAAUUGAGUUCCCUAUUAUUGGCAGAUAAUUAAGUAUUUAAAUUAAAUAUUACAAAAGGAAAUCCUUAAUUCAAAAAAUGGAGAUUGAAGUUUCAGCAAAAGUUCCAUAUAUCUGA